AUGGCGUCCGAAAGCCUCCCCGCCUCCGUCGAGGCUCUUACUCUACAGUCGACCUCGCAGACCUCCCAGUUCGAGGGCUGUUUCCCCUCUCUGAACCCUGUCGAUAUCUAUCGCGAGCACAUUGCGCAGGAGGUGGCCAAGAUUGCCGAGAUUGACGCUCAGAAGGUCUACUCUCGCCUGCAAUGGACAAACACUCUGGACAAGGGCGACCUGACCUUGCCGGUUCCCUCCCUUCAAAUUAAGAAGAACCCCAUCGAGCUCGCCAAGGAGCUCGCCGAGAAGUUCCCCGAAUCCGACCUCGUCAAUAAACCCACUGCUAGCGGUCCCCAACUGCAAUUCUUUUUUAAGGGCCAGCCCCUUGCGAAGACCGUCCUGGGCCGUAUCCUGGACCAGAAGGCCGCCUAUGGUACCAACGGCAACCAGGGUCUGAAGGACCCCUCCGACCCCUCUAAGGGCAAGAAGAAGAUUAUCAUCGAGUUCUCUUCGCCCAACAUUGCCAAGCCUUUCCACGCCGGUCACUUGCGCAGUACCAUCAUUGGUGGUUUCCUUGCCAACUUGUACACUGUCAUGGGCUGGGAUGUGAUCAAGAUGAACUACCUCGGUGACUGGGGCAAGCAGUACGGUCUGCUGGCUAACGGAUUCAAGUACUUCGGUAGCGAGGAGGCUCUUCUGAAGGACCCCAUCAACCACCUCUUCGAUGUCUACGUUAAGGUCAACGCGAUUGUCUCGGAGCAGGAAGGACCUAUCAAGGAGCUGAAGGAGCAAAUCAAGCAGAAGAAGGAGAAGAGCGAGGAUGUCUCUUCCCUCGAGGCCGAGCUUGCCAAGCUGGUCGAUGCCAGUGAGGACGAGAAGGCCCGCCGCUACUUCAAGAGCAUGGAGGACCAGGACCCCGAGGCUCUGGCUUUGUGGCGCCGAUUCCGUGAUCUCAGUAUCGCCAAGUACAAGCAGACGUAUGCCCGCUUGAACAUCGACUUCGAUGUCUACUCCGGAGAGUCGCAGGUCAAGGCCGAGAGCAUGACCAAUGCCUACAAGAUUAUGGAGAAGGCCGGUGUCGCCGAGGAGUCUGAGGGUGCCAUCAUUGCCGACUUCACCAAGCACGGCGCGAAGAAGCUCGGCAAGGCCAUCAUUGUCCGCAAGGACGGUACUCCUCUCUACCUGACCCGUGACAUUGGUGCCAUCACCGAGCGUGACGAGGCUUACCACUUCGACCGGAUGAUCUACGUUGUCGCCAUGCAGCAAGAUCUCCACCUGGCCCAGCUUUUCAAAAUCACCGAGCUGAUGGGCUACAAAGACCUGGCCAGCCGCUGCCAGCACAUCAACUUCGGUAUGGUCCGCGGUAUGAGCACCCGUAAGGGUACCGUGAAGUUCCUGGACGACAUUCUGCACGAUGUCGGCGAGAAGAUGCACGAGGUCAUGAAGAAGAACGAGGUAAAAUACUCGCAGGUCGAGAACCCCGAGCAGACUGCCGAUACUCUCGGUAUCACUGCUGUCAUGGUCCAGGAUAUGACUGGCAAGCGUAUCAACGGCUACGACUUCAACCUGGAGGCGAUGACCUCUUUCGAGGGUGACACCGGCCCUUACCUGCAGUACGCUCACGCCCGUCUCUGCUCGAUGACCCGCAAGUCUGAGCUGAACGAGGAUGAGCUGAACACCGCCAACUUCGACCUCCUGACCGAGCGACAUGCCGUUGACCUGUGCCGUCUGCUGGCCCAGUGGCCCGACGUCCUGAUCAACACGGUCAAGACCCAGGAGCCCAUCACUGUGCUGAGCUACCUGUUCCGCAUGACUCACAUGCUGAGCUCGAGCUACGAUGUGCUCAAGGUGAUCGGCAGCGAGCCGGAGCUGAAGAAGUCUCGUAUGGCUCUGUACGCGGCUGCGCGCCAGGUGCUGAACAAUGGCAUGCGUGUGCUGGGCCUGAACCCCGUGCAGCGGAUGUAG